UCAACCAUGCACUUUUCCUCAAGCGUCACAUUGUUUACAUUCAUAUUUUCCAAUUUUUAGUUGUUUCCUAAUUGCGUUCUUUGUACGCUUGGAACCCAAACCAAAAAUUCCGCCUUUCAUCAGUACCCGGAUUGAACAAAACCAUGUUUCGAACGUCCAGAACCUGUUUGAUGGCGAUGGUGUGCUUUUUAGCAGUGACGAAACACUGCAUCGCCUCCCCAACAUACCAAGACAGCCCCGUGUCGAACGUACCGCUCUACACGGACGGGAUCUACUUUGAGGAGCUGAAAACGAUCAAAGUGCAGGUAAGCUCGUGGACGUUGCGAGCCUAUUAUGAUAUCGCGUUGUUUAUCGAUGAAAUUGCCACGGCAAACAGUACCGUUGCAAAGCUGCUGCAGGCUUGUGCCGAAAUGCAAUCCAAACGCAUCGGGAACUGUGACGGUAUCAUGAACAUUCUCGCGCUCACGAAGGAGCUGAACGAUUUCAGCGUACUGCUGGCCAGCUUCUGUGAAGACGGUAAAAGGACGCCCGGCAGAACGAAGCGGGGCAUUUUCCGUUCCUGGUUCGGGCUGAUGGACGAUGAGGAUAGAACCGACAUUAGCAACAAAUUCGAUGCGGUGAAUCAUCAGCUCACGGUUGAGUCAUCCUCGCUCAAGCUGUUCUACAACACCACCAACGAAGCGUUGGCCGUACUGUCCGGCAACACGUUCCAGGUCGAUCCGAAGCGACCCCACACAAUCGAUUUCACGCGCGAGGGUCAGCUGCUGCUGAUGGACAUUCUGCUGAACAAGAUUAUAGCGAAGAAAAAUCUCUUCAUGCAGCUGCUACAAACCACCACCACGAUGGGCUUGAGCGAUAGCAUUAUCGCUCCGACGCAGCUGCUGGUGGAACUGCAGAAGGCACAGAAGUUCCUGCCGGAAGAGUUUAUCUUUCCGGUUGAGUUGCAGUUGCGUGAAAUGCUCAAACUCUACCCACUGUCGAAGGUGAUCGCAAACGUCGAUGGGUGCCAGGUGGUUGUGAACAUCAUGAUACCGCUGUGCAAUCGGUUGCUGUACCGCACGCUCAAGGGCACGAGCGUACCGAUGCUGUCCGAGGGCGUCAUGAAGAUGUAUGUGCUGGAGCGCGAUAUUAUGGCGUUCAAUGCGACAUCCCACACCGGCAUGGUGAUGUCGUACGGCGAGUACAAACAGCAGUGCACCCAUCUGACCGACUUUACGCUCUGCAACGCUCAUCACCUGAUGCGCAAUCUUUCCACCACCGACGACUGUAUCGUGGCGACGUACUACAACUCCACCGAUCGUGAUUCGGACUGCCGGCUAUCCCGGGUGCAGCUGCGCAACCAGCUGUGGAUGCAGUUGGCCGAUCCGAACGUUUGGAUUUAUGUGAUGCCCAACUACACCGUCAUCACCGUGCAGUAUGCCGGCAAUCGGCAGCAAGCCCUUACGCUGCACGGUGUCGGAAUGCUGAAACUGCUGCGCAUGUGUCACGUGCGCUCGAUGGACGUGUUGCUGCAGUACGUGCCACAGCUGGGCGGUACGAAACUUAGCGUCGCUUCGGAAGGGUUUAGCCUUCCGGCCAAAAUCACCCGCGAACAGUCGCUCAUCAUUUCGGGCAGCACAAACGACAACAGUCGUAUCAUCCCGGUGGGAGUGUCUACCGAGGCGGAGCUCAGCGAAUCGGCGCACGUGGCGGGCAUAUAUCGUGAACCGAGCCACAUUUCACCGUGGCUUAUUGUGGGAAUAGUUUUUUCCGUGUUUUUUGUGCUGCUUGCCGCGAUGCACGUGUUUUUGCGCCAGUAUGCAAUCAAACGUCGAUCGCCACGGGCGAAUCAGCAGCAAGAUCCGCCGGGGUUGGAUUCAUCGCAGCAGCAGUGGAUUCCCUGUGACAAUACACAGCUUCCGUCAGCGAAUUCAUCCCUUCAAAGCUAAUGGAUCGCUUGGUGAGUAGCGAAAGCAAAAACCGGGGGGAAACCUUUCCCUUCUAGCUAGCUUUAGAAGACGGCGGGAGGAUGCUUAGUGCCUUGAGGGGGGGCAAAGUAAACGUAUAACCAAAGUGAAGUAUGAUAAUCAGUCUAUAUACGCACACAACGCAUUUAUGGCGUAGCGAGAGGAAAUAUUGUGAUAAAUUGCUGCUCGAGCGGGAGAACAACGACGAGGAGCAGGAUGCUAUUUUCUUAUACGACGGAGCUUUUCCAGCACAGUGAAACAAUAGGACCAGAAUGAGGUAAAAAUAAUGUUUAUAUUAGAGAGAUACAAAGUACUGUUUACCAUGCUAAUGUUACAGGGUGUGGAGAAGAGAUAGUUUUGAAUCCAUCCCCUACGGUUUUUGGCUGUUUUUCAAAUAUGUUUCGAUAUUAAAAAUUGGAGGGGGUGCUUACCGUCAAAAUUCUCAGGGCCCUUUGCUACCACCAAGGGCUUGCUCGGAGGUGGAAACUUCGGG